AUGUCGGUUCUCGUCAGACCGCCAAAACGCAAAUUGGACGAGCUCGAAGGCCUCCAGGACCAACCGAGCCGGCGGCCGUCAUACGGGACUCCCAGCCAUGCUUAUAUUCAAAGUCCCCAUCACUCCUCAGAUUCGCCCUGGGCCACCGAUGUGUCGCGUCCCUCCACAGAUCACUCCGAUAUUCUAGGAGAGGGACGUUUACCUCCGUCACUGCGAGAGUUCAACUCCAACCGGGCCUCCCCCGCGUGUUUCGACGGUCCAUUUCAAGCCCAGAGGAAAUUCGCACCCAAUGCGUCGAUCGUGCUUUUGGGAAUCCGUGGCACCGGAAAGUCCAGUCUGGCCGUCAUACUGGCUGGGACCUCUGGAAGACGGUUGAUUGAUGCCGAUCGUUACUUCCAGCAGGUCACCGGCCGGACGCGUGCGGCCUUCAAGAAAGACUCCAGCUUAUCAGACUAUCGGCAACAAGAGACGAAAGUCAUGGAGUCCAUUUUGAACGAACAUUCAGAAGGCUGUGUCAUCGUGUGUGGACCUGCAUCCACCGAACGCAAUGUCCAGAUGCUUCUACGGGAAUAUGCCAAAACCCACCCGGUCAUCCACAUCAUUCGGGACGCGGACAGUAUACAGUCGUACCUUAAAGCAUGGGACACCGAUAAGGUACGCCGGUUCCUUGAGGCAUCUGGUCCCAUCUACCGUGCGUGUUCCAACCUAGAGUUCUUCAAUGUAUCGGAGAAGGGUGGUGGAGAUGGAAAAGACAGCCAGCAUGGCUCGCACCCAGAACUAGAGCUUGACCAGCGGUUUCAAACAUCGACUCCAUUCCUCACCCUUAAGCGCUUGCAGCGCGACUUCCUCCGGUUCAUCGCCUUUGCAACUGGAGACGCCACUGACCUGAAAAAUCAACAAACAUCAUUUCCCUUGUCCACGCAGCCAAUCGAGUCCCGCACAUUUACUUAUGCAGUCGAUGUACCUAUCUCUUCCCUAUUCGAGCAGGACAUGGAUAUUGAGGACCUGGAAUCCACCGCAGAUGCCUUCCAACUAAAGAUUGAUGUCCAUGACACUGCGUCGUCCCAUUUAGGGAUCGACCCCAACCUUGCCAACCGCAUCAGUGAGGCGGUGGCCACCAUCAGACGAAACAUCGUGGUGCCUUUGAUAUUCCAUGUGGAGAGUAAUGCUGGUCCAGAUGAUUCAAGUCCAUUACACCAUCACCCACCUCGUCGCCCAGAAACCGCGUAUUUGAACCUGGUGCAACAUGGACUUCGCCUGGCGCCGGAUUUCCUGACAGUCGACCUAUCCUAUGAUGACAGCCUCCUGUUACAGGUCAUCAGCUUGAAAGGUUCGAGCAAAGUUAUCGGCCACUAUGCGAACCCGCAACCUUUCCCAGCAGGCUGGGACGAUCCCAAAUAUCUUGCCAUGUACGAACGUGGUCGAAAACUCGGGUGUGACAUGGUGCGGUUGAUCCAACCGGCAGUCACCAUAGAGGACAAUUUCGCCGUACAGCGCUUCCGUCACCAUGUCAAAACUAUCCACGGAACGGAGGUCCCCCUCAUCGCCUACAAUUCCGGGCCUUUGGGCCGGUUGUCCGGCUGUUUCAACCCAAUCAUGACACCGGUCAUUCCCCCGCCACUUAGAUCUGAGGCUCAGGCAAAAGGGUUACCAUCUAUCACACUACGGGAAGCGCAGGAAGCUCUCUACUCAUCAUUCGCGCUCGACCCCAUGCAAUUUUUCGUCUUCGGUGCGAACGUGACGUACAGUUUGUCACCGGCCAUGCAUAACGCGGCGUUUAAAGUCUGUGGCAUGCCGCACGUAUACAGCAUCCACCAGUCACCUUCCCUGCGAGGGCUCAAUGAGCUUGUGGAAAAUCCUUACUUUGGAGGGACCAGUGUCAGUCUGCCAUACAAGACAGAAUCCAUUCCCCUUCUUCAUUCCAUGUCCCCGCAUGCACGAGCAAUUGGCGCAGUCAACACUCUAAUACCCAUUCGCAACUUGGAACAGCAUGCGCUGAACGCUGAGGAUUCGUUGUACAUGGAAAAGAGCCGCGCGGGUCCGAUCAAGGCCCUUCACGGCGACAACACCGACUGGAUCGGCAUCUGCAAUUGCUUCCGGCGAGGCUUGUCUCCAGCAAACGCCAUCCGCCCCUCGUCCACUGGGCUGGUGAUCGGAGCUGGUGGUAUGGCUCGUGCUGCUAUCUACUCGAUGAUCCAUCUUGGUGUGCAAAACAUCUUUGUCUGGAACCGCACUCUGGCCAACUCCGAAAAGCUCGCCCAUCAUUACAACCGACAGAACCUGUAUCCUCCCAGACAAAACGGAUCCGAUUCACGACCCACUGUACACACGCUUAAGUCGCUGCACGACCCUUGGCCUACUAAUUACAAACAACCGACCGUUAUCUGCUCUGGUAUCCCGGCGCACAGCAUUGGGAAUGAACCAGCACCGAACUUUGAGAUACCAAUUCAAUGGUUGGAAAGUCCCACGGGUGGCGUCGUCGUCGAUCUGGCUUACAAACCGCUGAACACCCCAUUGAUGAAGCAAAUCCGUGCCCUUUCCCACCGUGGCUGGGUCGCCCUGGACGGUCUGGAUGUCCUUCCAGAGCAAGGAUUUGCGCAGUUUGAGCUCUUCACUGGUCGUCGUGCUCCGCGGCGGCUGAUGCGGACCAUCGUUCUGGAGGAGUAUAGAGGAGAGGAAGGACAGUACGAUCCGAGUUCUAUUCAGACGCGGCUUGACAACAUGGAUGGACAACCUACGUGA